AUGGAUCUGAAGCAAAGCCAUUCCGUGAGGCUGAAUGAUGGACACGUCAUGCCGAUGCUGGGAUUUGGCACUUAUGCUCCUGAUCAUACCCCCAAGAGCAAGGCUGGUGAAGCCACCAAAGUGGCUCUUGAUGUAGGCUUCCGUCACAUUGAUGCAGCGUUCCUCUACCAAAAUGAGGAGGACGUCGGAAAGGCCAUUCGAGAGAAGAUUGCUGAUGGCACUGUGAAGAGAGAGGACAUUUUCUACACCACCAAGCUUUGGACAACUUUCUUUAGACCAGAAUUAGUUCGCUCAGCCCUGGAAAAGUCACUGAAGAAACUUCAACUGGACUAUGUCGAUCUCUUCACUAUCCACAAUCCAUUGACCGUGAAGCCUGGGGAGGAAUUGCUGCCUAAGGAUGCCAGUGGAAACAUUAUUUUUGAUACUGUGGACCUUCGUGACACAUGGGAGGCCCUGGAGAAGUGCAAAGAUGCAGGUUUAACCAAGUCCAUCAGGGUGUCCAAUUUCAAUCACAAACUGCUGGAACUCAUCCUCAACAAGCCAGGGCUCAAGUACAAGCCCACCUGCAACCAGGUGGAAUGUCACCCUUACCUCAACCAGAGCAAACUCCUGGAGUUCUGCAAGUCCAAGGACAUUGUCCUAGUUGCCUACAGUGCCCUGGCAUCUCACAGAGACCCAAACUGGAUGGACCCAGAUAGCCCAUAUCUCUUAGAGGAGCCAACCUUGAAAUCCAUUGCCAAGAAAUGCAAUAGAAGCCCAGGCCAGGUUGCCCUGUGCUACCAGCUGCAGCAGGGGGUGGUGGUCUUGGCCAAGAGCUUCUCUGAGAAGAGAAUCAAAGAGAACUUCCAGGUUUUUGACUUUGAGUUGACUCCAGAGGACAUGAAAGCCAUUGAUGGCCUCAACAGAAAUUUCCGAUAUGCUAAGUUACAAUUUGCUGUUGACCACCCUUAUUAUCCAUUUUUUGAAGAAUAUUAACUCUCAGCUAUUGAGUGUUACUAUCAGAGUUUUCUCCUUUCAGGCAACCUAGAGAGGAUUUCUGUAUUUGGUGGAGAAGAUUAGAAAGCAGUGUAUUUAGUUUCAGGUUGCUUGCCUUUCAUUUUAUUAAAUAAAAGGCUACAAAAUAAUGAUGUUUGUUCUCCUGAUUAUUAAAAUAACAUGGAAAUUACAGAAAAUUUAGAAAAUAAAAGAAAAAAGAGAAUAAAAAAAAACUCUUGUAAUUCUUCCAUUCAAAAAUACUUAAUAUUUGGGGUACCUUCCUUCAUGAUUUUCUUAUACAAAUGUAUAUAUUUUUUGUGUGUGCGUUUUUAUUUACAAACUUGAAAACAUCUUCAACAUUCAGAUUGUAUCCUUUUUCAAAACUUAACGUAAGUAUUUUUAAGGUAUCAAAUAUUCACAACAUCCAAAUUUAUAUUUUACUUGUUGUAAAGCAGUACAUCUUAUUAUUCAUUUUUUACUCAUCUACCCAUGUUUUGGCAUUGUAUUAGUUCUUGCAUAUUGUGCCAUUUAUGCAUUUAUUCAUCCAGCAAAACUUUAUUGUAUAUCCAUUGUGUGCCAGAUAUUGUUUUAUCAAUAAAUAAAAUAGACAAAAGUGAAUGAAAUUGAUAGAAAAAAGUCUUGGGUUUAUACUUUAGUGGACGAAGUACAGCAUAAAUGAAAUAAAUCUGGUAGGAAGUGUGUAGUUGGAAAUUGGUAAGUUCUUUUAGAGAGUUGAUUCUGCAUGGCCUCUCACAUUCCUGCACAUUUGACAAGCAGGGACACUGACUGCUCUUCAUUUCACCCUGCUUUUUCGGGAAAUUUGUAUAGUGAACAGUGUUGGCCUAUAGAGAUAGUAAUUCUCUCCAAGAAAUGGAAGGCGUAGUCCAGUAAUAGAACAUAUCUUUCUCUAGUCCAUUGGCUCCAAAUGGCAUCCAUUCUUACUGCCUUCUCAACUGAAGGUUUUUCUCCUGCCUCUCAACCCACUACAUGUGCAGUGGAAGUAAAGGACCACUGGGUCCUUUACUUCGUCUUCUGGGACUUGAACUCAAUAACCCGCACAAAAACAAUCUUACAAGCCCAGCCUGGUGGUGUAUGCCUGAAAUCCCAGUUACUUGGGAGGCUGAGACAAGAGGAUUGCUUCAGCUUGUGAGUCUCAGUUGGCAGUGUGCUAUGACCAUGACUGUGAAUAGCUUCCGUACUCUAGCCUGGGCAACAAAAUGAGACUUCAUCUCUAAAAUAAAAAAAAAAAAUCUGUUACUUUGAUUAGAGAUAUUGUCAUGAGCAGUAAACUAUCCUUCUUAUCUGAUCCAGAAGUUUCAUUACUUUUAUCAGCUUCCAUGAAGCCUGGCAAGCUGAUUUAUUAGCUUGCAACUUAGCUUAAAAUCCUAGAUCUUUCUUAAUUCCUGACAACCACUUGGAGAACAAUCAAGUAGAGAGGAAGAAUAGGUAGUGUGAGAAUUGGGAGUGUAAUGUGCUAUUUUAAAUAGGAUGGCCAGAAAAGAUUUCACUGAGAAAGUGACUUUCAUGCAAAAGUUUGAGUGAGCUAUGCAGAUUUGAGGUUGGCGGAGAGAAUUCCUGCACAUGAAACAGGAAAUGCUAUGCGUGUAAAGGAAGAGAGUUCCUGCAACAUUAAUAGGACAGGAAUUAGCUAGCGUGGGUAGAGGUUUGUAAGCGAGGGAGAUGGUCCAGAAGAUAAGGUUCAGAGCAGCUAAGGGGGUUCUAUCCUGUAGGCUUUUGAAAGAACUUUCUUGUUUAUUCUGAGAACAAUGAAGAAUGAUUGAGGUCCGGCAUGGUGGCUCACACCUGUAAUCCCACACUUUGGGAGGCCGAGGCAGGUGGAUCACUUUUGGUAAGGAGUUCAAGAUCAGCCUGGCCAACAUGAUGAAACCCCGUUUCCACUAAAAAUACAAAAAUUAGCUGAGCAUGGUGGCAUGUGCUUGUAAUCCCAGCUACUCGGGAUUACAGGGAGGCUGAGACAGGAGAAUUGCUUGAAUCUGGGAGGUGGAGGUUGCAGUGAGCCGAGAUCACACCACUGCACUCCAGCCUGGGCAACAGAGUGAGACCCUGCCUUAAAAAAAAAUAAAAAUAAUGAUUGCAAGUUCUGAGCAGUGGAGCGACAGGAGAUGGAUGACAUGUUUUAAAAGGCUAAUUAGAUGAUACAGUGGGAAGACACAACUGAAAAAUAAAGUGUAGGUAUUUCCUCUCAGGGCUCUAUACAAAAAUUCAGGUGAGAAAUGAUGUGAGCUUGGAACACAUUACCAGCAGUAAAGGUGGUGAACAUUUGCGGGAAUAUGUGUGGGAACAUUUGUGGGAAUAUUUUUAGGGUAGUGUCAACAAGGCUUCCUAGUGUAUUAACUGUAGGGUUAGAGGGAAAAAGUUGACUCUAGAAAUUUUGGCUUAAGCACCUGAAAGAAGGGAGUUGCCACUGCUGGAAUGAAAAGGAUGUGGGAGGAGCAGGUAUUUGUGACAACGUCAUGAGUGCAUCCUUAGACAUGUUAAGUUUGAGAUGCAGUUAAGAUGGUUGCCUUUCCAAUGUCAGUAGUACUUUAAAUAAUUUGUUUAGGUCAGUCAUGCUGUUUUUAUUAUGUGUCCAAGUAAACAUGCCAUGUAGACCUUCGGCAUAUAAUUCCAGGGUUAGAGAGAGGGUAUAGGCCAAAGAAAACUAUUUUAGAUUUGUCAGAAAAUAGUUGCCACUUGAAGCCCUAAAAUGAUAUAAUUGUAGAUAAGAUUUGAUGAGUGAGCAUGGACAAACAAAACAGAGUGAGGCAUUCUAUUCUCAAGAGCCUGGGACAGAAGAACUGGGACCGGGUAAGUAUGUUGAGGAGUGGCUAGUUUGGUAUGUGGUAAAGGGAGAGGUUGUUCUGUCCUGGAAGACAAAUGAAUAGAUUGUUUUAAGGAGAAAAGAGUCAAGUACUACUAAUAGGACAAGUAAGAUGAGAACUCAAUAUUGACCACUGGGAUUGGCAAUUGACCAUAACAAAGUCAAGAAUAGCUUUGAUAGCAUAGUAGAGGCAAGAGCCUGAAUAGAGUGCAUUCAAAAAAGUGUAGGAAGAGCAGAGUUAGAUACAGAAGUGCAGAAAGCAUUCAAAGAAUUGGCUGUAAACAGUACCAGAUAUUUGAACACAUUCAAAGAAUUGGCUGUAAACAGUACCAGAUAUUUGAACAGUCACUGGAAAAGAAAGUGAAUUUGAAUGGGAAUUUUCUUUGAGAUGGCAUAAAUAACAGCAUGUCUGUGUGCUUUCAGGAACAAUCUAAAAGAGAGAGGAAAAUUGAUGAUGCAGGAGAGAGAGGAUGAGAAUUGCUGAAAUAAUGUCUCAAUUAGUUUUCUGAUCCUGCUAUAACAAAAUACUGCAAAUGUUGUGGCUUGAAACAACACAAACUUAUUUUCUUACAGUUCUGGAGAUCAGAAUUUCAAAAUCAGACUUAAUGGGCUGAGGUCAAGGUGUCAUCAAGCCUGCAUUUCUUUUUGAGGGUCCAGAGGGAAAUCCAUUUUCUCCCCAUUGCUAGCUUCUAGCAUUUCUUGGCUCGUAGCCCCUUCCUCCAUCCUCAAAGCCAGCUGUGUAGCCUCUUUCAGUCUUUGAUCUACGAUUCUAUUCUCACAUCUCUUUCACUAUGACCUGCAUGGGUCCCACUUAUAAAGACUUUGUGAUUUCAUUGGUCUACCCGGACAAUCCAGAAAAAUCUUUCCAUCUCAUGAUCCAUGUUUAAUCAUAUAUGCAAAGCCCUUUUUGCCAUUAAGGUAACAUAUUUUCAGGUUCCAGAGAUAAGGGCAUGUAUGUCUUUGGGGGCCAUUAUUGAGCCUACUACACUAGCUUUGUAAGUAAAUUUAGAGCAACUAAACUUUAGUUUUCUAAUGUUUGUAAUAGAAAGAAUUCUACGUCCAGCCACUGGAUCCUGAAACUCUAGACUUUUGUCUCAGAUAUCAAGAGGAAAACCACAUGAAUAAAUAUCUGUUUCUUUAAAGCUGAUGUAAUCUUGACCUUAUUGUAUUUCCUCCUUCUGGAUACAUGCCCUUCAUUAUUUUAUUCUAAAAUUUAUUCUCAGGAUCUGUUGACAUGUUCUUUCAUUUUUCAUAUGGAAAACUCAAGCUUUUCAGUUUGCUGACAUUCUCAACUCUUGAUAAUUUCUACUCAUGUCUGGAUUAUACUUCAGGCAAUGGAUCCCAUGUUUACUACUUAAACGUGCUUCAUCUAUGAAACCUUCACUUGGACACAUCUUAUAUUAAUCAAGUCUCUUAACUGCGGUUUCUACCACCCCUUGAUUUAUCAAGUUCUUGAUUCAUCAAAGUUGUCAUUAGGUCUCUCCUCUUUCCUCUUUGCAUUCUUUCAAUACCCAUACAAGUUUACAUAUGAAAAUUAGGCUAAAUAAUAUAUUAAAUUGAAAUUGAUCAGACUCCACUAAUUCUACAUAUGUAAGUUUGGAAACAUCUAAUUUAAAGAAAAGCACUUUCUUACUAUGGUUUCGGCAGUCAAGAUGAUUGCCUUUCCAACAUCGGUUUUACUUUAAAUAAUUUGUUUAGGUCAGCCAUGCUAAUUUCAUUGUGGUUGACAUAGGAGUCACUGUGGAUUAAGAGUUGUGACCCAGCCCUAGCCAACGCCACAUAAGAAGCACUGUGCUGGGGACUUCUAGGAGAGUUUCCCUCACUUCUAAGAAGGAGCCUUUGAAGAGAGGUGGCUUCUCUUCUUCAAGGGGAUAUUGUCCCAUUGCAAGAUGAGGUGUGAAAUUGCUGUGGAGUCUCCACCCAGCCUGAGGAUGACAUCAAUACACAGAAGAAAAAGGAGAAGAUGAGAGAAGUUCUGCACUCUCAUGGAUGACACCCAGAGUUUACCCUUCCUCUGUACUUCUUUUUAUAGGACUAGCACAUUUUUGUGGAUUUUAAACCAAUUUGAGAUUUUUUUUUGCACCUGCCUGUACUCUAAUCCAAACAACCAUCCAAGUUAAUAAUUUUCUCUUUACAAUGCACCCUGCAUUUUGUACCUAUACAAGAGUGGUCAGAAUGUGUGAAAACUGCUGAGUCAUCCUGACAGCAUGGCUCCAGUAGAUUCUAGGGGUUGGCCGUAGUAUUGAGUGAUAUUAAAAUAACAAAUAAUGCAGAAAAGGCAUGGAUCUAAAAAAAUCUUUAGGAAUCUUCACUCACUGAGAGUUCAUAUUCAGGACACAGUUUCUUCUUCAAAUCACCUUGGACAAACUUUGAUAUCUGAAGGUGGAAACCAUCCCUUUUCCCUCUGGAGCUGGAGUGAUGUUCACGGAAGGCAAAGCAGCUGGGCCUGAAUGGGGCUAAGCUCUGGGAGCCAUGGGUGUCUCCAUGGAAACAGAGCAGGACACCCGGAGGGACCACCCAAGACCUUGGGUCUGUAGGUGAGGCCAUCAGAUCCUCAGCUGGCAUUUGACAAGGAGGAUCAAGGUUGCAACAGCCUAAAGAAAAUCAAUUUCAAGAAAACAGGCUGAAAGAAUGAGAGUCAUGACCGACUCAGUAUACCACUGGAGGCUAUAUGAGCAAACAGAAAAUUGUUCUUAUGAAAGCAGAAUGUUGGAAAACUGAUAAACGUGUCUGCCGCCAGAAGGGGUGCUGAGGGCAGUCAUGCCUCAAGCACAGUGUUCCUUGUGAUCAUCUAUAGGAACAUCUGAAGCCUGUUGUACAAAGAAAGCAAUUAUGUGGACCUGUGAUAAAUCAAGCAGUAGACCAACCAUUACCUCUCCCUCCUUGCUCUUUCCACCUAAUAAAUAUGAAAGACUGUAGAAACUCAGGGCUGCCUUUGCUCACUAGAAGCAAGGAGCCCCUGACCCCCUCUUUCAAAAUAGGUCUUUUUGUCUUUGUCUUUACUUCUGCAUUUGACCCCCUUCAUUGACCCCGUAGAAACUGUCAGUGACAUUCUCUUUCCCCUUGUAUUUUCUAAAUUUUCUAUAAUUUGCAUGUUAUUUUAAUAAUUAGUGAGGGCAUCAAAGAAGUGGAUUCACAAUGGUGCAAACAUUGGCAGUUUCAGUUAGGAACUCAUAUUCCUGUUGGGUCAGGGAUUGAGCCCUGGAGGAAACUUCUAGUCUGAGGGCUACAGGGAAGCUCCUGUUUCAUGCCUAUUCCUGAAAUCAGGCCUGUCCUUCUGAUUUAGGGAAGAUUUAUUCCUCUGUUUGUCUGCAUACUAUAGAAACAGCCUGUGAAAGAAUCUGCAGGCAUCACUUACAAUUGUAACUUAGCAUAUCGGAAAUUUCUGUUGAGGCCAUCAAUGGCUUUCAAGUCCUCUGGAGUCUACUCAACAAUGCUUCUUCAAAGUCUAAAGGAGAUUUUUUCUUCCAACAUAAUAUUCUGUGCAGUGCAGGAAGUCUUUUCUUUUGCCUUUUGGUAACUGACCUAGCAGAUUUUACAGUUUAUUGAAAGAAUUCCUAUGCCAUUAAGUUUUGGUUUGCUUAGAAAAUUAAAAAAACUGAGAUUAGAACAAAUUUUUAAAAAAGUAGGGUUAUUACAUCUGUAUAUCUUUCUGUAUGUGCUUUCAAAGUCCUUGUGACAUUGAGUUACAGGGCUUUGACUCCUGGAUCUAUAAAGGACACCAAGUCCUGCUACAUCUUAAACACUGACAACAAUUAAAGCCUCAUCUUCAGGCCCAGUAGAAGAUGCCUAUCAAAAUAAGUUGCAUUCCUGAGACAUAGGGCCAGAAAUUAAAGCUAUUCAACUCCUCAAGGCCCCAGGACUAUUGUGGAAGAGGUGUGUGAGAUUGAAAGUGCCAAUUUUGAGAGACAAAAUAAGUUCAAUUUCUCUGUAGAUUAAUCAUUAAUGUCAAAGGCACACUGAUGCAAGACAAGAAUAUGACCCCCUGUGUCAGAUUAACAAGGUUUUAGUGAAGCAUUAACUCACUCCUUAAUAAAGGUUAUAAAGGUUAUAAAAGGCUUAAGAAAUUUAUAUCUUAUUGUCAAGAAUAAAAAUUCAUAAAUUGUUAAUAAAAUUUUG